AUGGAGUGUUUUGAUAGCGAUGGCAGUGAUUUCGAGCUAGACUUUGAAGGAUUUGAGUCUGAGAGGGAGGAGGAUAUUGAGGAUCCAUUAGAUACGGCACAGGAGUGGGACACGUUUGUGGACACGGAAGGAGAGGAGGAGGAGGAAUUUCAGGGAUUCCAAGUGGACUGGACAACCGGCAAUUACCUUCCUCGGACAACGAAGGCAUUUAAAAGAACACCGGGGAUAAAGCAACCGAUCGCCGUGGAUGCUAGCCCCCUCGAAGUCUUUUCCCUGAUAUUUACAGAUGAGCUGUGGGACUUGUUGGUAACAGAGACAAAUCUGUAUGCUGAACAAUUACGCACACAGAUCCCCACGACCUCAAAGUGGACACCGGUCUCCAAAACGGAGAUGAAAACUUUCCUCGGGCUGUGUCUCACGUUCGGGAUUUUAAAGCUGCCAGCACGCCGGGACUACUGGAGGCAAACUAAGUGGCUUUUCCAGACACACGUUCCCAAGGCAAUGUCCAGGGACCGUUUCGACAUGAUCUGGAGAUAUCUCCAUCUCCAAGAUAAUGUUGACCCCGCCAUGGAUAAAUCUGACAAACUAUGGAAGAUCCGGCGGUUCAUGGACCUCCUCCUCGCUCAGUUCCAGGCACUCUAUGAGGUCAAUGGGUAUGUGAGCGUGGAUGAGUCCAUGGUCAAAUACAAGGGACGCCUCUCCUUCCGGCAGUACCUCCCGAUGAAGCCGGUGAAGUGGGGGAUAAAGGUGUGGGUCAUGGCGGAGAGCAGCACUGGCUACGUCAACAACUUCCAGGUGUACACAGGGGCCAUUGUGGGAAAGACUGAGACAGGCCUGGCUCACCGCAUUGUGUCAGACCUGGCACAGCCCUACUUUGGGUCCAACCUGUGUGUGUACAUGGACAAUUUUUACACAAGUGUGAAGUUGUUACUAGAUCUGCAGGGCAGUGGGGUGCAAGCAUGCGGCACGGUGCGUGCCGGGAGGAAGGACCUCCCUAAAAACAAAGAACUGACUAAGGCGGCUGGUCUAACAAAGCACGCAUUCAAUGUGGCGCAGCGGGAUGACCUCACGUUCUGCGUCUGGCAGGACACAAAAACUGUGAUGGUUCUGUCCAACUUUCAUGACCCGACAGAGCAUGGGUCAGUGAAAAGGAGAGUUGGUGGGCAACACCAGACAGAUGUCCGUGUGCCAGCGUGCCUGGCUGAUUAUCAAAAGCACAUGAAGGGUGUGGAUCUUCUGGACCAGAUGGUGGGCUACUACCAGAUUCACCAUCGGUCUACGAAGUGGUGGAGGAGGCUGUUUUUCUACCUGAUCGGUGUGGCGGCCUACAAUGCCUUUGUUGCUGCCAGGUCUGUGGGAGGACCUGCCUGGAAAUACAGGAGGACUGGCUAUAAAGACUGGCUGGAGGAUCUGGCCCAGGAGCUGAUCGUUCCUGUCACAGCGAGGAGCGCUCCUCUGUGCGCCCCACCACCCCAACAGGAGCUUCUGCUGACCAUGAUCUGGCCCAGAUCAAUAGUAAAAGGAAGACCUGCAAGGAGUGUUCCCUGA